GGGCUGGAGUGUCCAUUGUUGGAGGGAAGGAGAUUAAAGCUCACUCCAAACCGUGGAUGGCAUCCAUCCAGGUCGACAAGAAGCACAUCUGUGGAGGAUUCCUCAUUCAGGACCAGUGGGUUCUUACUGCUGCCCACUGUAAAGGGAUCUGUCAAAAGUUGGAACUUGCGACUGUCCUCUUGGGCGCUCACUCUCUGAAGAAUGAGAAAAACACAAUUCGGGUGGGAAUCGAGAGAUGUGCAAUCCCCCGUACCUUCAGCAUGACAACACGAGCUAAUGAUAUCAUGUUAAUGAAGCUCAGGGACAAAGUCAAGGUCAAGAAGGAGAAAGUGAAACCAGCGAAACUACCUAAAUCGCCCAAAGAUGUUCCGCCUUACACACAGUGCCAGGUGAUUGGCUGGGGAUACACAGACCAAAAACUCAAAACGCCCUCAGACGUCCUCCGAGGUGUGGACGUGGCGAUCAUAGACCGUGAUUACUGCAACUGCCUCUACAAUCGCAGUCCAGUCAUCACAGCAGACAUGCUCUGUGCAGGCAACAAAAAGCCACUGCAUGACUCCUGCACGGUAUGUAUAAAGUCUUCAAAAGAAUCAACAAUAUCAGGUUAUUGACAGGAGGUUAUAAAAACCAGUGGGCGACAGUGGUACAGGAGGUA